AUGGCUGAAGAUGGUGUCAUGUUCGAGGGCAGCAGCAGCAGCAGCCGUGAGCAGAUGGCUGAAGAUGGUGUGAUGUUCGAGGGCAGCAGCAGUGAGUCGAGCGACGUUCCCUGCGGGUGCCAAUGGGAAAGAGAGUCAGCAGGGUCUUCAAUGGACAUCGCAACGUUUGAGGCUGAUGCCGAUGUUGCCAAUCGCAUAGAGUCAGCUGGGUCUUUCGCAACGUUUGAGGCUGAUGCCGAUGUUGCCAAUCGCAUUGCUGGUGUUAAUCCUGUACCAGAUUCCACAAGUUCCCUUGUCACCGCAUUUCGCGCGGGAGUCUUCAUGGUCGAAUUCUUGCAGCAGACCUUUGGUGCUGAGAAGCUGAGAGAAAGCCUUCUGAACCAUGCCAACCUGUUCUCCAGCCAUUGCUCCGGCAUCGGGUCGCCGGAACAGGCCUGCGACAUUUUGCAAGCUGCUUUGACUGCGACACUAGGCUGGCCCAAGCGAUGGCAAUCUGUGUCGGCUUGCGAGAUCAACAAAGCGUGCUGCGCGAUUUUGGAGCAGAAGCUGCCAAGCGAUUGUUGCAUCAAUCGCAACAUAUUUGAUGCCUUUCCGGGCUGGGAUUCAAGCCUGGGCCCAAGUCCAACAGUUUUGGAGAGGUGGACGGCUUUGUGCUCGGCGUGGCGCCCAGACAUCAAACUUCCUUGUGCAGCGCACGGCGGUUUGUGCAAACAGAGACGUUCAAAUUUGAAUGUUACAGGUUCCCCAUGCCAGCCGUGGAGCAAAGCUGGCCGAAAACAGAAAACAAGUGACGUCCGUUUCAACGUCACUUUGGCUUACUUGUGCUGGAUCUGGUGUACAAAACCAGUGGUGGCUCUGCACGAGAACGUUCUGGGCUUCCACAAAAACAUCAUCCCGGAGCUCAUAGGUUCACUAUACAAGGUCAUCGAUUUGCACAUCCAGCCCUCCGAUGCCGGGUUCGUAUUCGUCGGCCGCCCACGGCACUUUGCGAUAAUAGUGCGGAAGGACGUGGAAAUCACCCGCAAUAUGUUGACCGUUCUGCAAGAAGCUUCCAAGUACAUCAAGGAGAAAGUUGGAUUUCCGCGAGUGUCUGCGUGCAUGGUUGCGACUGCUGAAGAGUGUUUGCUGUGUGAGAACAAAGCAAGGCUUAAACGAGGCUUGGGACCGCUAACUGUCGCAAGCUCUGACUGGUCAUACCUGCUUACCACCAAGCAGGUUGGGUACCUCCGCGAUUACCAUAAGCUUUGGGAAGAGCAAAAUGCGAAGAAAGGCGCAGUGUCAAAUUUCCCUCCCGACCUCCUGAUGAACCUAUCGCAGGACCCCAACGUGCGCCCCGCCAUGUUCCAGCACCUGCCCACGAUGCGGGCAAGCGGGGGAAUUCUCUGGAGCCCUUCAAUGAAGAGAUGGCUGUUGGACAGGGAGUGUGCUCUCGCAAUGGGGUGGCCUGUGUUACAGGCCACCGCUUCCGCAGCUGGCGUGCCCAUGGACAGCUUCGACUACAAGACAUCUCAGCUGGGCAACUCAAUGCAUGUCUUUGCAGCAAUGCUUGCGCUAGCAGUUGCUCUCGGGUGCACGCGCAUGCAGGUGGAGCACCGGCCGGCGUAG